AUGUCUGGCAUGGAUAUGCCAGACGUCACAACGAAGUCGACAGCCACAUCAAUGUUGACGACUUCCACAUCGACAUCCACCGCAGCGUUGGGUGCAAACAUGAGUGGAAUGACGAUGGAUGGGUGUAAGAUCUCUAUGUUGUGGAAUUGGUACACGGUCGGCACCUGUUUCCUGUCAUCGUCAUGGAAGAUUCAUUCGGGCGGCGGCUUUGCAGGCCUUUGUAUCGGUGUGAUCCUCCUGGUACUUCUGCUCCAGGCAUUGGGUUGGGCAGCCAAGUUCUACGACAAGCGACUCGUCCGCUUGCAUCAAGUGAAAGCAGUCGCUUUAGCCACGCAAGCUGCACAUAAUCCAUCGACCGAAACGAACGGACAUUUGAUAGCUAAGAGUGCUCAUAAUUCUUCGCCGAUGGCAUCAUUCCGACCGAAUCUCUGGCAGCAGGCUAUUCGAGCGCUCAUCCGCACUAUGCAGUUUGCGGUGAGCUAUUGGAUUAUGUUGCUGGCUAUGUACUACAACGGCUAUAUCAUCAUCUGUAUUAUACUUGGUGCGUUUAUCGGGACCUACAUUUUUCAGUGGGAGAGGAUGGGAGGGCCACACGCAUCCGUGCCCGAUGGUCACGCCGACCAGACAGGAUGUUGUGGGUAG